CGACCUCUCAUGUCCCAGCGACGAACCGAUGGCGCGGUCAGUGGAGAGAAGGAUGGCUCCAUGACUCCUAGACAUUCAGCGGAUGCGGCAGACGAGGCUCCAACCCGUUCAUGCAGUCCUCCGGCGAAAGCAGACGAGGCGCCCUAUAGCAUCUUCACCACGAGGGAGAAGUGGACAAUAGUCGCACUGACAUCCUACGCCGCCCUCUUCAGUCCGCUGACGGCCAAUAUAUACUUCCCUGCUAUACCAACGCUUGCGAAGGCAUUCCAUACGAGCACGGAGAAUAUCAACGUGACAGUCACUGUGUACAUGGUUAUGCAAGGAGUGGCCCCAAUGAUAUGGGGCACACUUGCCGAUCGAUGGGGCAGAAGACCUAUGUUUCUGGGCUGCAUGCUCUUGUUGUGCCUGUCAUGUGUUGGGCUCGCAUUAGUCCCCACCAACGCGUAUUGGCUUCUCGUGGUGCUCAGAUUGGUUCAGGCGGGAGGUUCAGCAAGCACCGUUGCCCUAGCCGCGGGAGUGGUCAGCGACAUCGCUACGGCAGCGGAGAGGGGCGGCUUCUUUGGGAUUUCUGGGUUGGGAUCGCUGCUUGGUCCGUGUAUUGGACCCGUUAUCGGAGGCGCACUCACACAGCACUUCGGAUGGAGAGCGAUAUUCUGGUUUCUUUGUAUAGCAUCUGGCGUCUCGCUCAUCUUUUUCGCUGCUGUUCUGCCUGAGACCCUUCGGUCGAUAGUUGGAAACGGCAGUAUACCCCCUCCUCGCAUCUAUAAGACGCCUGUGACCCUGAUUGGCGGACGGUACGCGCCAGACGCCGUCAAGCUCCCUCCCGGAAAGCGCUUCGUCAACCCCUUCCGACUAUUCCUCUAUCCCGACCUGGACGUACUCCUCGUGUUCUUCGGCCUGAUCUACGCCGUUUUCUAUGGUGUCACCGCGACCCUGUCGUCGCUCUUUGCGGACGCGUACCCCUUCCUCGACGAGACCGACCUCGGCCUGCUAUUCCUUGCAAUCGGCGGCGGGAUGAUCGUGGGCACGGGUACUAUGGGAAAGAUACUCGAUUGGGAGUAUCGACGUAUCCGCGACGGGCUCGUUCGCAAGUACGUGGCAGACGGCGGAGAGAAGGUGGACGUUGCCGAGGCUGAAGCGGAAGUGACGAAGGAGGAGAACUUCCCGAUCGAGAAAGCUCGCUUGCGGCUGAUACCUAUCCUGCUCACCAUAUACGUCGCCUGCCUUCUUGGUUACGGGUGGUGCCUGCAAGAGCAGGUGUCCAUCGCCGUUCCUUUGAUUCUCCAAUUUAUCAUCGGUUACGUGUGUACCGCGAUUAUGAACGACAUAUCAACGCUUAUGCUAGAUCUGACUCCCGGGCGAGGGUCCUCUGUUACCGCUUGCAACAACCUCGUGCGGUGCUCACUCGGCGCCAUCGCUGUCUCCAUUAUGGACCCGAUAUUGAAGGCGCUUCGUCCGGGUUGGACGUAUGUCUUGCUGGCGGGGAUAUGCGUCGUGGCAUCUCCAGCUCUGUGGGUUGUGCUGCGGUGGGGGCCAAUGUGGCGAGCGAAGCGCAGGGCCCAGCUGCAGAGUAACUCCCAGACGCAAUGA